AAUUUUGACUCUCCAUACUAUUGUAUGCAUAAACAGCACCCUAGCUUUCUUGAUUUGCACACUUUUGGUAGUGUCUGUUUUGUGCAUCUACCUCCGCAUCAACGUCACAAACUCUCUGCGAAAUCUGUGAAAUGUGCCUUUAUGGAUAUAACUUAUCUCAAAAGGGAUUUGUGUGCUAUGAUGCUUCCUCCAAUAAAUUUUAUAUAUCUCGUAAUGUCGUUUUCUUUGAGCAUCAAUGUUUCUUUCCUAGUUCUCUUACAUCAUCUCCUGCAGUUUCUGUUCUUCCUCGCUUUGGUGAUUUGAUAUGCCCUCCAGAUUGCUUCAAGCCUGGUUUUGUGUAUGAACGCCGUCGGCCAACUCUACCCCUUCCUGAGACUGAUCUGCCACUUGAUCCUGAUCCCGUUUUGCAUCCUCCUCGACGAUCUGGCCGUGCUUCUCAUCCACCGGAUAGUUUUUUAUUAGACUUUGGUGCUGCCUUGGAGUGUUGACGCUCUCUUGUUGGUGCAACAAACAGAGUUUUGGAGGACCAAGAAAGGGCUGGCCCUACGGAGUACUAUUCCCAGCAUAUGCAAGCUGUGAACAUCCCACAACUGGAACAAAGCUACUUCGAAUUUCUCUAUCCUUUUUUGUGAGCAUUCUGCAGUCAUGGCUGCAACUAAGACUCGGAGCAGCAGCUUCUCCCGCAACGUAUCAGCUGUACCCUCAUUUCAGAACCCUGGACUCAAGUCUGGACCCAGUGGCACCAUCUUUUUAUCAUCCGGGAUACCUGAUCUGGACAGUAAUCCUCUACAACCUUCCAUGUAUUGAAAUUAGUUAUGACAUAUAUGUUGGAAACAACUGAAACAAAGAUUUUAGGUGGUGGAUUUCCUCUGGGAAGCCUAGUGAUGGUAAUGGAAGAUGCAGAAGCACCUCAUCAUAUGCUUUUGUUGAGGAAUUUUAUGUCUCAAGGACUGGUUCAUAACCAGCCCCUUCUCUAUUCUAGCCCCUCCACGGACCCCAGAGCUUUUCUGGGUACUUUGCCAAGUCCGGUAUUGUCUAAAGACGAUAAAUCCCAUUAUCAUGAUCCAGAACAGGAGAAGGGGUUGAGGAUUGCUUGGCAGUAUAAAAAGUAUUUUGGUGAAUAUCAGCAGAAUCUUGAUAGUCAUAGGGAUAAUAAGCAUGAGUACAGCACUGACUUUGACCUGCGGAAGCCAGUGGGUAGGCAUUUUCUCAGCAGACAAUGCAUAGAUUGUGUUAGCAUACAAGAAUCCCCAAAUCUUGCUGCUUUUCGUGAUCGUUGUGCCACAUUUUUGGCUCAAAUACCAAGGAGUGAUGCUGCCAUUCUAAGUGCAGGCCGUAUCGCCAUUCAAUCAUUAUGUGCUCCACAAUGUGAAUAUUCUGCCAUGGAAUGGGAGAUGCUAUCCUUCAUUAGAUCUCUGAAAAGCAAGCUACGAUCUUCAAAUGCAGUUGCUUUAAUAACUUUUUUGCCCUCCCUUCUUUCACCUUCCUUCUCCAAAAGAUGGCAGCAUAUGGCUGAUACCUUGCUAUCUGUGAGGGCAAUCCAUGAUGAGGACAAGGAAUUGGCAAAACUUCUCACUGGUUACCAGGACAUGGUUGGUCUUCUCAAUGUACACAAAGUAGCACGUAUUAAUACGCAGGAGUACACAUGUGGAGAUUUUACAUGCACAUGCUCGCAUCCAUGCACCCAGCUGUAGGCUGUUGAGCUUGGGCUUUGAAUUUUAGCCUGUGACUACUGCGUUUGCAUUUUUUUUGCAAUUUGGAUUUCGGGGCUUGUAAUUAUGUAUCCUAUUGUUUUGUUUUUUCCCGAAAUACGUUUUUAUGAGGCAUCCUGCAGAUUGUCAUUUUUAACUGGAAUCCGAAUUCCUUGGGUUGGUUCACCUUGUCUGCAGGUUCCUCUAAUUCCAGAGGCAGGUACGUUCUCCAUAAAGUUGCAAAAACGAAGAUCUUUGGUUUUAGAAUGCCUCAAUCAAGCGCCCAUAGAUGCCUCAAGUGGGAGUUCGUAUGCAAAAUCUAGUGCUUGUUCCGAGUCCUCAAAGACUCGGGCCCUCGACUUCUAGUUCUUAUUAAUAAUUAUUUACACAGAAAAAUAUUUGAUUGUCGAUGACCGUGUCUCUUUUUCAAUCAUAGAGGGGUUAUUUUAUUUUAUUAUAUUUUUUUGAUUCCAUCUUAUGCAUUUUUGUGGUUGCAUUGUGGAAAAUUGGAGCAGAAAAUAGUAAUGUAUUGGCGGUUUCAUUUGUAUAAGUGAUUUCUAUUUUCCAAAUUCAAAUGAUCACUAGAUA